CGGCCUGAGCGCCGUGAACGAGGCGGCGGACAGCAGAUCCCUCCCGCGAUGUAGACGCCGCUUGGGGGAGGGUUUGGGAGAGCGGGCGACGCUCUAGGCGAGUUCUUUCUCGUCUCUAUGGUGCCGAGUGAGCUUGUCCGCCGCUCCUGCGCGUCGGGGCGGACGUUGCCCCUUUAAUCAGCAGAGGGCGGUGUCGAGGAGGUCCCGCGAGAGCGGCAGGGGGUUGGGGGCGGUACCGAGGCUGGGGGCCCGUGGCUGAUGGAGCCCGCGAUGGAGCCGGAGACUCUGGAGGCGCGAAUCAACAGAGCCACAAACCCCUUGAACAAGGAGCUGAACUGGGCCAGCAUCAACAGCUUCUGCGAGCAGCUCAACGAGGACUUUGAGGGGCCUCCACUUGCCACCCGGUUGUUGGCUCACAAGAUCCAGUCCCCGCAGGAGUGGGAAGCGAUCCAGGCUCUGACAGUGCUGGAAACAUGCAUGAAGAGCUGUGGCAAGAGGUUCCACGACGAGGUGGGCAAGUUCCGCUUCCUCAACGAGCUCAUCAAGGUUGUGUCUCCCAAGUACCUGGGCUCUCGGACGUCAGAGAAGGUGAAGAACAAGAUCUUGGAGCUCCUCUACAGCUGGACGGUCGGCCUCCCCGAGGAGGUGAAGAUCGCCGAGGCCUACCAGAUGCUGAAGAAACAGGGGAUUGUGAAGGCCGACCCCAAGCUUCCAGAUGACGCCACCUUUCCCCUUCCUCCUCCACGGCCCAAGAAUGUGAUCUUUGAAGACGAGGAGAAAUCCAAGAUGCUGGCCCGCCUGCUGAAGAGCUCCCACCCUGAGGACCUCCGAGCAGCCAACAAACUCAUCAAGGAGAUGGUGCAGGAGGACCAGAAGCGGAUGGAGAAGAUCUCGAAGCGGGUGAGUGCCAUCGAGGAGGUGAACAACAAUGUGAAGCUGCUGACAGAGAUGGUGAUGAACCACAGCCAGGGCAGGGCAGUGGCCCGCAGCAGCGAGGACCUCAUGAAGGAACUGUACCAGCGCUGUGAGCGCAUGCGGCCCACGCUUUUCCGACUGGCCAGCGACACAGAGGACAAUGACGAGGCCUUAGCCGAGAUCCUGCAAGCCAACGACAACCUCACCCAGGUCAUCACCCUGUACAAGCAGCUGGUGCGGGGCGAGGAGGUCAACGGUGACGCCACAGCUGCCUCCAUCCCUGGGAGCACCUCGGCCCUGUUGGACCUCUCAGGCCUGGAUCUCCCUCCGGCCAGCACCACCUGCCCAGCCAUGCCCACCUGCCCAGGUGACCAGGCCAGCCCCGAGCAGCCCAGCACCUCAGUCUCCCUGCUUGAUGACGAGCUCAUGUCUCUGGGCCUGAGCGACCCUACACCCCCUGCAGGCCCAAGCUUGGAUGGUGUUGGAUGGAACAGCUUCCAGUCGUCUGAGGGCACUGAACCCCCAGCCCCUGCUCCAGCCCCCAGCGUGGACAGUCAGCCCCCAGCGCAGACAUCCCUGCCAGCAAGCAGUGGUCUGGAUGACCUGGACCUCCUGGGGAAGACCCUCCUCCAGCAGUCUCUGCCCCCCGAGUCCCAGCAAGUGCGGUGGCCUGCCAGCACCUGGGGAAGACCAAAAGCCCAGAGGGCUGCCACUGAGGAGGGCAUCAGUGCCCUGGGAGGUGGGGAGGAGCAAGAGCUGCCGAUUCCAAGGGAGAAGCAGCAGCCAGCCCCCCGGCUCACGCUCCGGGACCUGCAGAAUAAAAGUAGCUGCAGUGUACCCAGCUCUGGUGCCAGCAGCCGCCUCCACACCGUGUCCCCUGAGCCCCCCGGGCCUCUGCAGCAGCCCACGCCGACAGAGCUCUCGCUGGCCAACAUCACUGUGCCUCUGGAGUCCAUCAAACCCAGCAGCAUCCUGCCAGUGACUGUGUAUGACCAGCAUGGCUUCCGGGUCCUCUUCCAUUUUGCUCGAGACCCACUGCCCGGGCGCUCUGACGUGCUGGUGGUGGUGGUUUCCAUGCUGAGCACCGCCCCCCAGCCCAUCCGCAACAUCGUUUUCCAGUCGGCUGUCCCCAAGGUCAUGAAGGUGAAGCUGCAGCCACCCUCAGGCACAGAGCUGCCAGCAUUUAACCCCAUCGUCCACCCCUCGGCCAUCACCCAGGUCCUGCUUCUUGCCAACCCCCAGAAGGAGAAGGUUCGCCUCCGCUACAAGCUCCUCUUCACCAUGGGCGACCAGACCUACAAUGAGAUGGGGGAUGUGGACCAGUUCCCCCCACCUGAGACCUGGGGGAGCCUCUAGAACAGAGAGGGGCUGGGGAGAGAAGGGGGCUGCGGGACUGGCCACCGUCUAGCCUGGGUGGGAGGCUGUGGUGGCCUGGGACACCCUUUGUGCCCAUGGCCAUACACCCCUGGGUCUGGUGCUUCUCCCCUCACCACUGCGGCCCCCUCCUUCCCUGCCCCCUCCCCUGCUGAGCCAAACCCGGCAGGAGGCUGGGCCUGCAUUUGCACUGCUGGGAACCUUCAUCACAGGCGAGAGCCUGGAGCUGGAAAGGGCUGCCCGGCCCCAGAAGGACUUGGGGUCACGGGGGAGAAGAAUGGCUGUCAGACAAGGGCCAGGACCUCAGGCCCAGCCUAGACCCCAGCCUGGGGUGGGAUCAUCCCCGCCUGUCUCUUAUGCCUUAUGGGAAGGCCCAGCCAUAAUUUGGGGCCAUGCUGGAGCCGGGACCAGCUCAGGCCUCCUCCAUAGGAACUGGGUGAAUUUGGGGGUGACGCCUGCACCCCCAGCUCUUUGCACUCUUGGGUGUGUGGUUUGACUCUCUUCGCUUUUGUUUCUGAGUGGCCCUGUGGUCACCAUCUCAGGGGGCCCAGUGGGGGCAGCCCCACCUGUCCCCUACUCCUCCUGGGGUUCUCAUUCCACUCACCUGGCCCCUUUGCUGUCAGGUGGGGGGACUGUGGGGACCGUGUGACUGCUGGCCCAAGGGUCAUGCCAGAGGCGGGUGUCCCGGGCCAGGGACUCCGGGGCUCCUGGCCUGGGAAGGUCCUGCACUGGAGUUCUCAGUGUGUCUCCUCCAUUCAUUGGCCUCUGUCCAUCCAUCUGUCCGUGGGCAGAACUGGGGCCAGUGUAUGAGUGAGAGCAGGAGUAUUUAUGGAAAUAAAACGUCCUUUUUCCUGGA